AUGCCCAGUGCUUCAGACAUGGAUGUCAGGGGAGCUAUCCAGUUGCUCACCCAGAUUGUUGCUACCCAGGCUCAAAGGCAGGGAACAAGUGAUGUUCAUGAGACGGGUAGUUCUAGGUCUAGGGAAUUCCUCAACAUGAAACCUCCCGUCUUCACAGGCUCCAAAAAGGAUGAGGAUCCGCAAAACUUCAUUGAUGAGGUUCAGAAGAUAUUUCGAGUGAUGCAUGCUACAGACACUGAGGCAGCAGAGCUUGCUGUGUACCAGCCGAAGGAUGUCUUGGAAGCUAAGCCUUUGGAGUUUGAGAGACUCAGACAGAAUGAUAUGAGUGUGAAUGAGUACUACCUCAAGUUCGUCUCUCUGGCCAAGUAUGCUCCAGAAAUGGUACGUGAUAUGAGGGCCAGAGUUAGGCGGUUUGUGUUGGGGCUUUCAGAUGAUUUAUUUGCUGAUGCUAAUAUAGCUGCUCAGAAUAAUGACAUGACCAUCACUAAGAUGGUUGCCUUUGUUCAAGGGAACGAAGACAGCCAUGGGGGAUCUCAAGCAGGAGGCAAUCGCCAGUUCUUCAGGAAAACAAAAUUAGGACCCGCUCCAUCUUCAGCUAGUGCACCGGUUCAGAGGUCCAAGUUUAACAAGAAAAACCAAAAUUUCAUAGCAGCAGGUUCACAGUCACAGACUAGUGUGGGCUACAGAGGCCUGGAGUACCCUAUUUGCAGCACGUGUGGUAAGAAGCAUCCAGGGGUGUGUCGUUUGGGCACAAAUGGUUGCUUUGGGUGCGGUCAGCAGGGCCACUUCUUGAGGGAUUGUCCAUCAGCAAAGCAGAAUAAUGGAGGCAAUGUAGCUCAGUCCACUAAUUCAGCAGCCCAUCAUAACUCUCAGGCUCAGCAAGGGUGCGGCGCAGCAAAGUCUAAUAAUACAGGCGGUGGACGAAACCGCUUAUAUGCACUGGCAGACCGUCAGGAUAUAGAGGCUCGUGGAGAUGUUGUCACAGGUAUUCUAACAAUAUUCACUUUUGAUGUCUAUGCUCUUAUAGAUCUGGGAUCCACCCUAUCUUAUGUAACCCCAUAUAUCGCAAAGAAAUUUGGGAUAGAACCAGAAAAGUUGUGUGAACCCUUUGAAGUGUCCACUCCAGUUGGAGAAUCAGUUAUAGCAAGGUGUAUCUAUAGGGGAUGUCCAGUUAAAGUGCGUCAUCGUCUUACUAUAGCAGACUUAGUAGAAUUGGAGAUGUUAGACUUCGAUGUGAUCAUGGGCAUGGAUUGGUUAGAGUCAUGUUAUGCCAAAGUGGGUUGUAGAACCAAAAUAGUAAGUUUUGAAUUUCCCGGUGAACCAGUCUUAGAAUGGAAGGGUGAUGCAGUAACACCUAGGGGUAGGUUUAUUUCCUACCUUAAAGCCAGAAAGAUGAUCUCCAAGGGAUAUAUCUAUCACCUGGUUCGAGUUAAGGAUGCAGAUGCUCAGAUCCCCACUCUCCGGUCGGUACCUAUUGCGAAUGAGUUUCCAGAAGUGUUUCCCGAAGAUAUCCCUGGAAUCCCUCCCGAUAGAGAGAUUGACUUUGGAAUUGAUCUACUUCCAGGCACUAAGCCGAUAUCUAUUCCGCCUUACAGAAUGGCUUCAACAGAGUUGAAAGAGCUAAAAGUCCAGACUCGAUAUGGGCAUUUCGAAUUUUUGGUAAUGUCAUUUGGUUUAACGAAUGCACCAGCAGCUUUUAUGGACCUGAUGAAUAGGGUCUUCAAGCCUUAUCUUGAUUUGUUUGUUAUCGUGUUUAUUAAUGACAUCUUGAUUUAUUCCGGUAGCGAGACUGACCAUGCCAAACAUCUCAGAAUUGUGUUGCAGACACUGCAGGAUCACAGGCUAUAUGCAAAAUUUUCUAAGUGUGAAUUCUGGUUGAAAUUAGUAGCAUUUUUGGGCCAUGUCAUCUCAGGGGAAGGCGUGAAGGUGGACUUCAGAAAAUAG